GAGCUCGGCGGCGGCGUCGCGGCGGAACGACCCUACCUUGCCGGCGGCGGGGGCGGCGGGGGAGGGGGAGGGGGGGGGGGGCAUGGAGGCGAAGAGGAAGAUGAGGUUCGCGAUGGUGUGCUCGUCCAACAUGAACCGGAGCAUGGAAGCGCACUCGCUGCUGGGCCGCGCGGGGCUCGACGUCGCCUCCUACGGCACCGGCACCCAGGUCAAGCUCCCGGGCCCUUCCCUCCACGAGCCCAACGUCUACGACUUCGGCACCCCCUACAACGUCAUCUACGACGACCUCCGCCGCAAGGACCCCGACCUGUACAAGAGGAACGGCCUGCUGCCAAUGCUGAAGAGGAACACUUCAGUCAAGCUGGCGCCACAGAGGUGGCAGGACAAUGCCGGCGAUGGAUUGUUUGAUGUGAUAUUCAGCUUUGAGGAGAGGGUCUUCGACCUGAUCGUCGAUGAUAUGCAUAACCGUGAGCAGAGGAUGCUAAAGAACGCACUGAUAAUCAAUAUGGAUGUGAAGGAUAACCAUGAAGAAGCUGGUGUUGGGGCAAAGCUUGCUUUAGAGCUGUGUCAGAAGCUUGAAGGGGCAGUUGAUGAUUGGGAAGAAAUUAUUGAUGACCUGAUUAUUACAUUUGAGAAGCAGCACAAGCGGAAGCUCACAUACAACAUGGCAUUUUACUAACUUGUGUAGCUCCAUACAGACAUAGAAUCAUUGUUUAAUUUAACUCAACUGUGUGAUGGUUGGUAACUUGGCAUUCAGUAAAAUGUACAAAAACUGAGGUACCAUCUGGAUUGCAGUGUGGUUCCUAUUCCAUGCCAACAUAUGGAGGAAGAUGUGUGAUCUUGAAGCCA